UACAAUUCUACCAACAAUUCUGCGCAAGCCAACAGAAUUUCGGUAUUGCCGAGCGAAAAACGCAACAUAAUGUGACAGUCGGACACUCGCAGCAGCCUGCGCCUGGCGGCAAUGAGACCGCCGCCGUCGUCGCGAGUGCGACACGCGUGAUAAAUCCAUGUCAAUUCAGUACAUUCAAGUCAACUACUACGCCGGGUAAUAGGGCGGCGCCCCCGCCACCGCCAGAUCUGGCGGCCUCUCUAGACCUGACCGGUCUCAAUCUGGGACGUAGUCGCGAAUUAGGCUCCAAUCGCAUCGCGGAGAUCAAUUCCGCGACUACGUCACGCGACUAUUAUCAGCCGACAAUGAGUAGAACGCGUGAGAGGAGCCCAAACACGGCGUCCCGUCAACUCGAUAAACAGAGCUAUUUUUUUCAUGGGCAUAAAACUGAGAAAGACGUAGAUCGCAAGGUCGUGAUGUUUGAGGAUCUAGGAACUAAAGGUACGAAUUACGCUCGACUAGCGGAUGACGCGGAUGAAACCGCGGCAAUGUCGGGCUCGAUAAAUUGCUUCGGUGGCCUGGACAAAGAGAGAAGCUACGCUGAUUACGACGGCGACAAGAAGCACAGGUGUCUCGCAACCAACAGCGUCCGACAUUUUACCGUGACUCACGAGACGCGUGACUCAGAAAGCGUGGAAUUCCUCGAAAAGGAGGGUGAGAUCUUUAAGAAGAGCAGUAACGAGUUGUUGCAGGAAACUUUCGCCAGCAAAUGCAGAAACUUCUCUUUCCGCAGCAAGGAAAAACCGCACAAGAGCUUGGAGUCGCUCGAGAGAAGCAUCAAUGUACCAGCUGUAGAUUGUAAGAGUCUAGAUUUUCCACCGAAAGAGCAAUCGAAGAACUUUUUCCACAAUAAACAGAGGAGUCUCGAUUCGACCAAGAAGUCCGUCGAUUCCUCGACGGCGAAUAAGACACGCAAGCGACCCAGCUUCUUCCAACGAGUUGGCAGAAGCUUGCAUUUUUUACCCAGGGAGCGCGAGAAGCGCCAAGAGGACACAUCGAAGCGAGAGGGACUCGCAAUUAACGGUCAGUAUCCUCAAACCGAUCAGGAAAAGUGCGAGUAUUUUUUACAGAGGCAUCAAAAAAACGUUGAUUUUUUUGAACGUUCGUCAAACUCGCCAGCCAAUCGUGCUCCCGUCCAAUCCAAUCUCGGUUCUCUCAACGAGGUAGAUUUCGCUGUUGUACAAAAUUCCUCUAGUCGUCUCAGAGAUGCGCGGCUCGAGGGAAGUACGUUUCGCGCGAAACGAGACUCGAAUAAGUCUACGAAUGCGGAUACCAUGGAGGAUAAUAUAAAGCAGAAUAAUUGGGAUGCGAGUAAAUCGUUGAUGCAAACCGACCUUUCGAAUAUCGAAUUGACUGUCACGGUGAUGCAAUCGAGGCUUCCCCUGAUCGAGGGCCCCAUUGCGAGUGUCACCACGCAAGAUACCGUCAGCGGUAACAAGGACAGCUUGGACAUCGGAUACUCCAUCAGCGAGCUUGGUAGAAUUUAUUUGCAUACUAUACAGAACAUUGAUCACCCGGAGGGUCUGCUGUCUCUGGAAAACGCCGCCGACACGACGGAAAAACGGAAACGCUACAUAGAAUGGCUGCAAACGAAAAACGAUCAAGAUAUUCUGAGUCACGGUACCAACUCCUGCGAUUCUCUGACUCACGGUAAACCGCAGGGUAACUUGGACAUUCUUAUAAAUAUCCUCCUCGACAUUUUCGUCUGGAUUUGCAUUUGAGAGCAGUUGUAAGGCCUCUCUUUCUCUGGGAAAUUUUGAAAUACAGACCUCUUAUAUCACGUACCGAGCGAUCUCCGUUUAUAUAUUCUCGUAUGGAAAAAUUACAAGACCAAGAUUUCGAUGGUUGGUCGGAUUUGCUCCGGAGAAAUCGAAUAUUUUCUACGAACAAAUAUAGAAUGAGCGUGAUUUUUAUACUGAAUAUUUUUGCGCAUUUCACA